AUGUUUUUCCUGAUGCUUUUGAUGGACAAAGUAGGUACUUUGAGCUGCCCUGCAAGUGAUGCUUUCCUUGUUCCACAUGAGUGGUACCAGCCUGGGGAUUUCAUCGUUGGUGGGAUGGUGUCUCACAUUGUUUACCACUUUUAUGAAAUGAAAUUUAAAGAACAUCCUGCUAUAACACUCUAUGAUGUACCAAACAUAAUCACCAAAUUUCAUCAACACGUCCUUGCCUUGGCCUUUGCUGUGAAGGAGAUCAAUGAGGACUCCCAGAUCUUAGCUAACGUCACUCUCGGGUUCCACAUCUAUGACAGUUACUACAAUCCAAGGAUAACCUACCGUACCACUCUGGACCUCCUUUUCAAGUCCCAGGAAUUUGUCCCUAACUACAAAUGUGAUAGCCAGAAGAAUCUCAUGGCCAUCAUUGGGGGACUAGAUUUUGACACAUCAUCUUAUAUAGCUGAAAUUAUGGGAUUCUUCAAGAUUCCACAAUUCCAUUCAUUUCUUCAAGGCAUUUCUUUUAACAAUUCAGCUGGGGAGAGAGUGAUCCUGAAUGAGAAAGGAGAAGCAACAGGUGGAUUCGACAUCACCAACUUCAUCACUUUUCCAAAUAGAUCCUUUCAGAGAGUUAGAGUUGGAAAGAUAGAUCUACGGGCUCCAAAAGGGAAGGAAUUAUUCAUUGAAGAAGAUGUGAUUGUCUGGAAUCCAGCUUUUAACCAGGUUCUUCCACUCUCUCUAUGUAAUGACCCUUGUUUCCCUGGAUCCUGGAAGAAAGGGAUUGAGGGGGAUCAGUUCUGCUGCUAUGACUGUAUUCCAUGCCCCGAAGGGAAGAUUUCAAAUCAAAAUGAUAUGGAUGACUGUUUUGAAUGUUCAGAAGAUCAUUAUCCCAAUAAAGAAAAGAAAGGAUGUAUCUUGAAACUGUUGGUCUUUUUAACUUUUGAAGAAACCUUAGGAAUUGGUUUAGCCUCAGCAGCUCUUGGUUUCUUCUUGUUAACUUCAUGGGUACUUGGAACAUUUAUUCAGCACAGGAAUACUCCUAUUGUCAAAGCCAACAACCGGUCCCUCACCUAUACCCUCCUUGUCUCUCUUCUGCUCUGUUUUCUUUCCUCUUUCUUCUUCCUUGGCCAGCCUGGCAAAGUGACCUGCCUUCUCCGACAAUCAAUGUUUGGCAUCAUCUUCUCAGUGGCCAUUUCUAGUGUUCUGGCUAAAACUAUCACUGUGGUUGUGGCUUUCAUGGCUACUAAACCGGGAUCUCAGAUAAGGAAGUGGGUGGGGAAAAGAUUGUCCUUUUCUAUUGUCCUUUCCUCCUUCCUUAUACAAGUAUUGAUUUGUAUACUUUGGUUGUUGACAUUUCCCCCAUUCCCUGAAUUGGACAUGUAUUCAGAGCUCCAAGAAAUGACUCUGCAGUGCAAUGAGGGGUCAGCUUUCUUCUUCUACUGUGUCUUGGGCUACAUGGGUAUCUUGGCCAUCGCCAGCUUUAUUGUGGCUUUCCUUGCCCGUAAAUUACCUGACAGCUUUAAUGAAGCCAAGUUCAUCACCUUCAGCAUGUUGGCCUUUUGUAGUGUUUGGAUCUCCUUCUUUCCAGCCUAUCUAAGCACAAAAGGAAAAGCCAUGGUAGCUGUGGAGGUCUUCUCCAUCUUGGCCUCCAGCACUGCAUUACUGGGAUGCAUAUUCCUUCCAAAAUGUUACAUCAUUGUUUUGCGGCCUGACCUCAACCAGCGGAAGCAACUCACAAAGGGGAAUUAG